AAAGGAACAUCCCGUCCUGGCAGAAGCAGCCUGAGGCGUUUGCUAUGGGUUAAAUACAAAAACUGGGGCGUCUUUUAUCAUACUUGCUCUUUCACCAAGACCCAACACUUUCUCUUUCCAGCUGGUGAGAGUUCAAACGCUACAGAAUGCCUCAUCCAGGUGUGUGUGUGAACAUCAUCAAUGCCCGUCACCUGAAAGAUGGUAACGGGACCAUCACUAACCCUCAGAAGUUUCUGGACCAAGACUUUGAGCAGCUGAAACAGUACUGUAUUAUUAAACGGGUACGGUACAUCGACGACAUGUUCCCCCCUGACGUGAGGUCCAUCGGGACUGGGUUACUGAAGGCUGAUGACCUGAAGCGAGUGGUGUGGCUGAGACCACAUAAAAUGGUUCCCAAUCCAAUGUUUGAACUUGAUGGGGUCUCCAGGUUUGACUUUGGUCAAGGCAUGCUUGGAAACUGCUGGUUUCUUGCAUCAAUCGGAGCUCUGACGUUCCAGAACUUCAUCCUUAGGCAGGUUGUUCCACAUCAAACAUUUAACGAGGACUACUGUGGAAUAUUCCACUUCAGGUUCUGGAGGUUUGGAAGAUGGGUGGAUGUUGUCAUUGAUGACAAACUACCAACUAUCGAUGGCAGACUGAUCUUUGUCCGCUCCAAAGACCCAACUGAGUUCUGGCCUGCUUUGCUGGAGAAAGCUUAUGCGAAAGUGUGUGGUUCCUACUCGGACAUGAAUGCUGGAACUCCUGCCGAGGCCAUGGUGGACUUCACCGGUGGAGUUCACAUGUGUAUUGAUCUGACAGAACCUCCCCCACAUCUGUGGGAGUUGAUGUGCAGAGCUGGCCAAUCCAAGUCACUGAUGGGCUGUGGUACACCUCAAGGG